AUGGAAGCCGUCGAAUUAAUGAAAAGCGUCAAUUCUUCUUUGAGCGAAAGCCAGGACGUCAAGAUGGAAGAGUUCCUGCCCGCUAGCACAAGACCAACACAAAACAGAUACUUGGACUUGUCAAACUCUGUGAGUGCACCAUUUGUCAUCGAGGGAGUGUCGCCUUGCUCUCCUGAAUUUGGAGGCGAGAAAAGAGAACGCAGCGAUAGCGAUGUGAGCGAAUUUAGCAUGAAGAUGUUGUAA